AUAAUCCAACACACUCCUCAGUCUCCCGUUUUCAUCAUUCCCCAACCCUUUCUCAGUAUUGACCCCCCCCCCCCCCCCUCUCUCUCUCUCGAUAUAUAUAUAUAUAUGUAUAUGUAUAUGUAAAUACUUUUCUUUAGGGUUCAUACCUCCUUCUUCCUCCUCUGAUCACCUCCUUCUCCACUGGGAUUUCAUUUUUUCUUUUAUGGCUUAUCAGCCGGUUCCGGGAACUGGGUCGGGCUUGCAAUUCUUGAACUACCCUUUCGGCGACACCACCUUCACCAAGGUAUUCGUGGGAGGCCUGGCCUGGGAAACCCAGAGCGAGACGCUGCGCCGCCACUUUGAGCAGUACGGGGAGAUUCUCGAGGCUGUUGUCAUAACCGACAAGCACACUGGCCGCUCCAAAGGAUAUGGCUUUGUAACAUUUCGUGAUCCUGAAUCUGCCAAGAAAGCUUGUAUGGAUCCAAAUCCAGUUAUUGAUGGGAGGAGAGCAAAUUGUAAUUUGGCGUCCCUUGGGCGGUCUCCGCCAUCUUUGCCUCAUGGACGUCUACGAUCAGCAACGCCCAAUUUUGGAAUGACCUCGAUGCCUAGGGGCGCAUAUGCUGGAAGCUCCAAUUUCAACCGACCUGCCCCUUACAGCUAUCAACCUGGGGUUGUUUAUCCUCCAUUUGGGUACGGGGGUUAUGGGCCUGAAUAUGUUUAUCCACAGGGUGUCUACAAUCCUUAUGUUGCUCAGCAUUACCUUCAGAUGUAUGGGAUGCCAGGCACAGUUAACACAAACAUUAUCCCCUACGGACAAACGGGUCAUCCUCUCCCAAGUAAUCAUGGGUAUACAAGCAUUCAGGGGUAUGCGCCACCAGUUCGUCAUGUUCUUCCUUAUGGGGGAGCCUAUUUCAGUGGAGUAACCACAGAGAAUAUAGCAACAAUUCAAGCACCAUAUCAUACAGGAAUACCUCCACCAUCUCCAGGACAGACACAGAUAAUGUUUCCUGCUCGCCCUCCCAAUUUUACUCAGAGCAGCAGUUCUGAUCAAACAGCAGGUUGAGUGGUAGGAAGGGAUGAAACACAUCUUGAGGCAAUCCAUAAUUUGCAAGAUGACUAACACCAUUGCUACCUGAGUGGCGGACUUCAAAUCUAGCCUUGCAAGUACUCAUUGUCAUGUUCAAGAGGUCAUUGGAGUCAUGGUCACCAAGGAUGCAGUAGAGUCUCUUGUAAGAUAUUGAGUUGCUCCGAGCCCAGUGUUGUAACAUGGAAGGGCGUGGAUUGCUCUUCCACCAGUCUGAAUCACAGACAUGUCCUGCCAGUUCUUGAGUCACUGGUGGAGUAUGAACUUGUAGAUUGCUGGAUUCUGGUUCCUGCAAUCAUGUAAGAGAGAAUCAACAUAUGAUUCUUAAUUAGUUCUGACCCAGGGUUUGGGUCUAUUGCCAAAUCUUACUUUGUGUCAAUGGUGUCUAAAGCUUAUUCCUCCUCGCAUGAUAUCAGGUCGUAGUUGAUGGAGGAAUUAAUCACUUAAAAUUUUAGUGAGUUCAGUUCAUUUUACUCUUUAUUGGACAAAAAAGGUCAAUGAAAUUUGACCCAAUCUGCAGAUCUCUUCUUCUUUUCUUGGCCUUUGGGCUGCAUUCAAGAGCUUGUACUCUUGAUUGAUUCAAGUAGUGGAUUAAGAAAUUCUGAUCCAGGUAUUCCCCAGAUAACACUGCUUGGAAAAUUAUAUAGGGAUUGUAGUCUGAAUAUCAAAUUACAUGGGCAGCCGAGUUCUGGUGAUGAUGUAGUCGUUUGGGACAUUUCCCAGUCAUUUAGAAGAAACUACGGCUUUUGGCCUUUAAAUUGUUAUUCGAUCUGAGUAUUAUUCGAUUUGAUCAACCUUACUUGUCCCUGUUUUAGCAGCGGACUUAAAAUCUGAAAGAGAGCAGUUCCCUAUGGCUGGUUAGCAAUUACCAAGUUUGGUGAUAAUGUAGAGGUUUGGUAUAUAGGCGUUUUUCUUGAAUUGGGCAAUUUCUAUGUUUGGUUGUUUGAAAGCAGCCAUGCUAAAUACCCCAGAACUUAGUUGUCUUUACAAACUUGGGUUCAGACAGUUUUUUUGAAAUAUACAAUUGCUGGAUUGAAAGCACAGAGAGAAAAAGCCGUGCCCCCAAAGAUCAAUGCUCUAUGGCUUGUUGCUUCAUUGCGGUAUUGUUCAGCCUUUUCUGCAAAACAAAGGCUGUAUGUGAAAACGACCUUUAUUUCUUUCUGAUUUUUUCCAAGUGGAAAGCUUUAGGGCACUGAGGAUGCCGCGUUCAUUGCUUUAAGCCCUUAGUGUUGUACUUUGUUGAAAUGUAUCAUGCUAAUGGUGUACUAUCCCACAAGUGGUUGCGCUCUCAUGUUGCUUCCUGGAAAGGGUUCAAAACUUUAUCCUGCAGCUUUCGUUAAUGGCAAAAGGUAUCUGAUGCUGAUGCCGGAAAAAUAUAAAGUGGCCAAAACAGAGUAUUUUAUUUUCAGUAGAGCUGUAUAUAAUUAUUUGGAUCAUAUAAAUACCCAUUUUAGAUUUGAGAUUAUAA